CUAUAAAAGCCCUAAGGCAAAAGCUAAUGUCGUCAGUUAAACCUUAGCCGCCUUCAAAGUCAAUAAUGGAUUUCAACACCGCCUGCGAAAAAGCCAAAGCUUUCACCAAGAAGCCCUCCAACGCUGAGUUCUUAGAAUUCUACGGUCUCUUCAAGCAAGCCACCGUCGGCGAUGUCAACAUUCCCGCUCCCGGCGCUCUUGACUUGACGGCCAAGGCUAAAUUCGACGCAUGGAGCAAGCACAAGGGUUUGUCCCAGGAUGCCGCCAAGGCUGCUUACAUUGCCACCUAUGAGAAAUAUGCUCCCAUUUAUGCUUAAGGUGAAAAUUGUGGAAAUCAUAUUUAUGCAACUACUGUUAACGUAGACGAAAAAAAGAAAUUUGGAUAAAAAUAAAAUGAGUUGAAUUUAAAUAAA